AUGUUGAGAAAUUGUUCACCAGAAGAAGCUUACUUUCAUUUCAUUGAUAAUGACGUGUUUGAGUUUCUUGUGGCUGAAACAAAUCGAUAUGCAAAACAAAAAAUUGAUUCUCAACAACUUAGUCGCAGUUCCAGGCUAACGAAAUGGAAAGAAACAAAUAUACCAGACAUGAAACGUUUUUGUGGCAUUAUAAUGUUGAUGGGCUUGGUAAAAAUUCCAAAUUUAGCUUGCUAUUGGAGCAAGGUUAGCUCCAGUAUGUCACGUAAUUGGUAUGAAAUACUCCUCAGAUUAUUUCAUGCUUCUAAUAAUGAAACUAGACUUGAGGGGGAUAGACUCCGCAAAGUCCAACCUCUCUUAGACCUGAUAGUACCAAUAUUCAAGGACACGAUUUAUCCUCAAGAGGAAAUUUGUAUUGAUGAGACUAUUAUCUCAUUUAGAGGGCAUCUGUCAUUUUAG